AUGGUAGAUUCUGCCUAUAUCAGUCCCACGUCCACCCUGGAUAGUAGUCAGUCCAGUCAGAAAAACAGUAUACGGAAAAAAAACUGGUUCUCUAGACGCCCGCUAAAACAGUCAUCGCCACCAGCACAAGCACCGGCACCGGUCGACACCGAUUUUAGGCCCCCUUCACCCAUCAAAUCCUCAACGGCAACUCCCGUCACACCACAAACCCUUUCAUCUGAAUCCGCUUCCUCACUGCCCCGUCGCCACCGUGCCGAUACUGCCAGUCUCAAAGAAUACGGUGAAUGUUAUCGUCGCUUAGGCGAAGGCACGACCGCGGUGGUCAUGGUGGUCCGGAAACUGGGCGACGACGGUCGAAGCGAGAAACUUUAUGCGAUAAAACAAUUUCGCAAACGUCAAAAGUCCGAAUCCGAAAAAGAAUACAUGAAGAAACUCACAAGCGAGUUUUGUAUUUCAUCCACAUUUCACCAUGGCAAUGUCAUUGAAACUAUUGAUCUAGUUUUAGAUGACCGUAAACGUUACUGCACGGUCAUGGAAUACUGUCCUGGCGGUGAUCUGUUUUCAUGUAUUAUGUCUGAACGCAUGACGGAGCGCGAAAAGGCUUGCUGUUUCAAGCAAAUAAUGCAGGGUCUGGCUUACCUUCACUCGGUCGGAGUCGCUCAUCGAGAUAUCAAACCUGAGAAUUUAUUGUUAACCCAAGAUGGUCAAGUGAAAAUCACUGAUUUUGGCGUGUCUGAUGUGUUUCGUUUUCCAUGGGAAUCUCAAGGUCAUAAAAGUCGCGGUCUCGUUGGCUCUGAACCUUACAUUGCGCCGGAAGCUUUUGAACAAAAGGAAUAUUCGGGUGCGGCCGCUGAUGUAUGGUCUGCAGGUGUGGUGCUCUAUUGUAUCUGGCUCGGUGGACUCGCCUGGCAUAAAGCCAAGAAAUCCGACACUGCCUAUGCCACCUAUGUCCGCGUGUAUCCCAGUCGAACUUUUGAGCUUUUCAAAAAGUUUCCCAUGAAUGCCAAACAACUCAUCUACAAAAUGCUUGAUCCUCACCCUGAGACGCGAAUAUCCGCCCAAGACGUUCUCAACGAACCCUGGGUAAAAUCCAUCCUGGUCUGUCACGACGGUCUUGACAGUAGCGGGCAACGCCAUCAUCAUACCUCCGCCACCCUGGCUUCACGCAAACGCUAG